AUGAACAAAGGCAGCAGCUUUAAGCUGGACAACGAUUUCGAAAAGAGGAAAGCUGAAGCUGGAAGGAUCAGAGAGAAAUAUCCUGACAGAAUCCCGGUGAUUGUGGAAAAGGCUGAGCAAAGUGAAAUCCCAAACAUUGACAAGAAAAAAUACCUCGUGCCAUCAGACUUAACAGUUGGACAAUUUGUGUAUGUGAUUCGGAAGAGAAUCAAACUAAGUGCAGAGAAAGCAAUCUUCAUUUUCGUGGACAAUGUUCUUCCUCCUACAGGGGAGAUUAUGUCAAGCGUCUACGAGGAGAAGAAAGACGACGAUGGCUUCCUUUACAUCACUUACAGCGGCGAGAACACAUUUGGUGCUUCUUCAACCUGA